AUGCACAACCUCGCUUCACCCACGAUGAAGCGAAUCCUAUUCUUAACAACCGUUCCAACAAACAUAGUCGAACAGUAUGUUUCAGACAAUGAUUGGUCGAAUGAGAUGUUACCGGCGUAUCUCUCCAGCAGGGGUGCCUCGGUAAUCAUCAAACGCUGGAUGGACGAGGACAUAAUCCCCGCCAUCCUUGACAGUGACCUAGUGACAUUUCUCUGGGCCGAAGACUACAUCCAGCAUCCUAUUGAAUUUGAAAAUUUUCUGGAAAUGACCAAAAAAGCAAUCGAAUCCAAUGAAAGCGCAACCCCUUGCGUAAUGAACCAUAUCGACUUUGUCCAAUGGAACAUGGACAAGAAAUAUCUCCUCGACAUGAAACAAGCUGGUUUCGACAUCCCCACGACUGAAAUUAUUGAUGCAGCGAGACUUAUAUCUAUAUCUGUGUCUGCGCUGCAUCUACAACUUCAGGCAUUUCAAUCAUCCGGUCCCAUCGUUCUGAAACCAUCUGUAUCUGCGUCCUCCAGCAAUACCCAACUCAUUUCAGAUAUCUCGGUAUUGUCAGAUGAUGAUCUCGCCUACCUAGAGCUCUGUACUAAGGGAGAUCUACGAAGCUCGUUGGUCAUCCAGCGAUUUGAACCAGCCAUCGCCACAGGCGAAUAUUCAUUCAUUUUUAUUGGGAAACGGCUAUCACACGUUGCAUUGAAAGCGCCCCAAAUCGGCGAAUUCCGCUGUCAGCCUCAAUUUGGGGGGCGGCUUAGUUGCAAACCUAUCGAUGAAAUUGAGGAGAGAACGUUAUUGGUGGUAAAUGCUAUCUUCGAGACCCUCAGGAGGUGGUUCGGAAAGGGUUCAACAGGGGAGAUGGGAUAUGUGCGUAUCGAUGGUUUGGUGACCGAGGAUCGUGCAUUUAUCUUGAUGGAGAUUGAGGCUAUCGAGCCUGAUCUUUAUCUUGAAAUGGGAGGACUUCAAGAAAUGCUGUCGCUCAUGUUGAAGUGA